AACCCGUGCCUUCGUAAGGAGACUGUUUUGUAGCAUAAUUGUAAGCUUAGCGAGGUCUUUCGCGUAGGCGUUCGAUUUGCGUUCGUGGCGCAAAAGAUCUUAGCUUUUGGACUAGGCGGAGAGACGGACAAAAAACGCCUUCCGGCCAGAGAGGCCUGCGACAUGCGACGACAAGGACGGAGAAAAGGUCAUUGCUGAGGACGAAGACAAUCAAGAGAAGAAGAGCUCUAGGCUACAACAAAGGACGUGGGGGAGGCGCUUCGUAGAGGAAAAGGACAAGGAGGAGGAAAACAAAGAGGAAAAUGAAGGGAAGAGCUAUGAGAAAGAGAUCCUCCGUAGAGAGAAAGGGCAAAUAAAACCAAGGAACGGAAAGCUCUCCUCCGCCUCGAAGGAUUCGUUGCCGCCGCCACCGCCACCGCCACCGCCGCUGAGCAAGGGCUCGCGCCGCCACCACAGCUGUUGGCGUUACUGCUGCUGUUAGCGAUGAUGAUACUGGUGGUGCUGCUGCAGCUUCGUAUGUCUGCACUGGCCGCUGUUUCUGUCGCUGCCGCCCGUGCCGUUGGUUCGACGUUGGGAAGCCGCUUGUCGGGCACCGACUAGCAGGCUGGCUGGAUGAUAGAGAGGCGGACACGGGCCAGCAGUAACGCCGUUGUCGUCCCGUGGUACACCACAAAUGCCACUACUGCCACCACAAGCCUCGUGGUGAAUUGGCGAGAAAAGCAAGAGCUCGUCCGGCGGCCUCAUCGGUGCUACUGCCACUGCAAGAAGGGCAUUCUGCUGCAAGAGCAAACGAAGCCACCAUUUCCACCGUCGCAUACUAACGCCGCCAGCGGCUAGCGGCCUGAGAGGGGAAAACCGCCAGCGCCAUACUCACUGCCAAAGCAAAAGACCUGACCGCCGUCGCUGGAUGUCCGUACAGAUACUAACGCGCCAUACGCAUUGAACAACAACACGCAAGCAGAGAUAGCAACAUUAUAAGAGAGCAACCAAUUAGAAGGCAGGCCUGCUCGGAACCAACGGCAAACAAAUAACCGGAACAGCGACAGAUCACUUACUCACCGUUACUGCUUGCACAUGACCCAUAUGACUCUUCUGGAAGGAGAAGGCACGUCUGUUUGGCGCAUAUAGAAUACCAACAAAAACAACGGAACUGAGAGAGGAAGGGAGGCGUUCAGCAAUUGGUACGCCACCUUGGUGAGUGACAUUGAACUCAAGCAGCUCGCGCGACGUGUGCUCGUUCGCGCGCCUUGCUGUUCUGCUCAUUGUGUGCCUUGCUGUUAAGCCGGCAAGAGGACAGCGUCUGACAGUAGCCAUACAAGCAAACCAGUAUCUAAAAGCUGCAACGAUAACGGUUAGUAACAACUAGAAUCGAGCCGUUCUACUAAUACAGACACGCAUGAGCUGCUAUUACAUGGUGGGACAAUAGUUUCGGGGCCCUUGUCCACAGCAACUAGACUACCGGCAUUCUAAUUCAUAACUACCUCCUCAUAUCGGGAUCUCGGAUACUUCGGAUCUCCGCCUCGAUUCCUUGCUAUGCGCUUUUUUCGAAUCCUUUUCAGACGGUAUCAUCCAUUCUACCUCAGAAGAUAAAAAGGAACGUAACAAACAAGGAUCAAGCCUUGUUUUCGUACUUCUAAGCAUUUACAGUACAGUGUUUGUCUGUAAAGUAAGAAACAACAGUUAGUACAGCGGUAACUUAUAUAUAUAAAUUAAUAAAGGUACAUAUGUCUAUAUAGAGAUACAUUCUCAGCAAUAACUGUGCUUUCUCAGACAUUGUGGACCGUGAUUAGGUGACUUUUCACUACUCGUUAGAUCUACAGGUUUAGUCGGGUUAUCGAUGUAGAUCAACAGUUCUUCCAGUGUGCUUUGUGACUGAUUAGGAUCAGGAGUUGUUUCUGAUCGGUUUCAAUGAGCUGAGUCAAGACUUGUUCGAAAAUAAAAAGCCGUCAUCGCCGUUGUCGUGUGCUGUCAGGCAGCGCUAACACAACAACAACGGAACCAAGAUGCAUCAGACGUGGGGAUACUCCGAGUGCAACGGUCCGGCGCAUUGGGGAAAGACCUUCCCGCAGGCGCUCGGGCAGAAACAAAGCCCUGUGGACAUUAUACGCUCACACGUUCAACCAGAUCCAAUGCUUCUUAAGCGCCCACUCAAGUACAACUAUCAGGGUGUAUUGACAAAACACGUAACCAAUGGUGGAUUUGGAUGGCGUGUCGACGUCGACAGCUUGAAUCAUAACCUUGAGGGCGGUCCGCUAAGCCACCGGUAUCGUCUCGUGCAGUUCCACUCACACUGGGGAGAAACGUGCUGCGAUGGAUCCGAGCAUACGGUUGACGGUGAAACUUUCUCUGGCGAACUACAUUUGGUCCACUACAACAUCGACCUCUACGAUGACCCUGGCAAGGCUGCGAGCUCCGAGAGUGGCCUAGCAGUGGUCGGGAUCUUCCUUAAGGAAGGAAGUUCGCAUCCUGAGUUUGAAAAGCUCUGCGAAGUGCUCAGCUGCGUCAAACAUAAGGGAUGCAAAUGUGAAGAUAUAGCAUCGCCAUUCCAGAUCAGCUCCUUUCUUCCAAAGGACACAGACAACUACUGGACCUAUGAGGGCUCAUUGACGACUCCCCCAUGUUACGAGAGCGUAUCCUGGGUCGUUCUUAAACAGCCGAUCGAGAUUUCUAAGGAUCAGUUGGAUGCGUUCCGUUCAUUGCUGACAUACACUGAAGAUGAGAAUAAUAUCACUGCGAUCGACGGACCGGUUACCAAAAACUGGCGAAACUGCCAACCGUUAGAAGGUCGUGUGAUCCGGGAGCCUCCGGAACAGUAACGCGGAUGCAACUAGACAUCGUAAUAGGUAGUAAAGACAGUAGACCAAAUCCAUUACGAUGCAGUUAAUCUUUUGUUAUCUAGUUCGAAAAUGAACUUACGAGCAGUGGGACAAAAUUCACGCUAAUCAGAAAAAGAAAACGCACUUACUCUUAUACAACUAACUACUAGCUGUCUGGGUCUAGUGGCCUAUCUACACAUGACUAUAUAACAUAUAUAAACACAUAGUGAUAUAGAGCGAGGCUAGGACAAGGUCCGUUUUAAACCUAGUUAGGGAAGCCGCUUAGGCGUUUAGUUGCCGUGUGCGCGGACAUGCUGUACCCCAGCCCGCCAGAAUAAGUCUUCCCUAUAUAGAUAUGUAUAUCAUCCCCUUUUGCGCGUGCUGAUUCGGUUUUCUAGGAAAAGUUAACAGCGGGGCAAUAUCUACACCCUAUAUUGACUAUAUAUAAUUGACCGAUAAAGUCGCCAUGUGAAGCUUCAUUGCGACUUUGGCUGAUGGGAGAGCAAGCCUGAUGUGCAACGAAGGUUGGGUCGCGGAUGUCAAACUGGAUAGUAGAACAUGGCGUAGUAAGAAGGCAUGAUGUUAUGAUCGAUGCAAAGCGAUCAAAUGAAAAGAAAGCAAAGAGACUAAACAAAGACAUUAAGCGUAGCGGAGACCGCCGCUAAUCGAACUACUGAAAUUGAUGUUAUUGUUAUUACUAACAGCUAAUCAGAUGGAUCUGGGCGUUUAUUCACUGUGGCUAUAUAUGAACACCGCUUUGAUGUAUGCCCGUAGAUAAUAACAAUACGAGCACAACGUGAUAUAAGGUAAUGCUAUGGAUACAUGUUAAGGACACUAAAAGUAGUGAGUAGAAGAACAUUUGAAAAGUCGAGGAACGAGCGGUGGAAGAGGUUGUAAACCUAGAUCUGCCUAGAGAUGAGAAAUGCCUGCUUUGAAGCUAAAAGAAAAAGUAGAAAAACUAGAUAUAAGUGAAUUUUCUAUUGUGAGCGUCUCGGUAUAUAGAAAACAGUAGAAAAGGCGUUAGCAGUGGUAACUUGUAGCAAUUAGAAAAGCAGUCUUUCAGAAAACAAAAAAAAACUAGGCGUGACUAAGAAUAGAUAGAACAACAGCGCCAACGCUUUAUCGGUGUCCUAUUAGCAUAUGAUCGCAUUGCUUCAUUGUGUCAAGGCUUCUGGAACGAGCCCGUAUAGCGGAUCGAGCGAGGUAAGGGGCACCGAUUUUGAGAGGGCAUGUUCUUCUAAUCGCCCAAAAAAGCACGGUAGCCGAAAUGACGCUUGAAAGCGGGCAGGCAAUUAUACUAAUAAUAAUUAACUUGAUACAUGUCAAAUUGUUUCAUGGGCCUGCUUUCGGAAUUUUGUUGGGAACACUUCAUGUGGAUAGAAAAAGAUUAAGCGAACAUAUAUAUAUAUAUAUAUAUAUACAUAUAUAAAUCACGUGUGGCUUUUCUAAAAAAAUCGAUGUUUGUAGAUAAUGCAGUUUCUAGGUUAAACGUCGUUUGAAGAUCAGUUUGUAAGGGUUCAAUGUAACAUAUUCUGAAACGCCCAUCAAACAAAUAGAGAAAGUCAAACCUUUGUUACUGGCAAGGUAAACAUACGACGUCUCAAAUCCAACGUCAUAGUGAUCAUUCGAUUCUACGGAAGAAGAGCUCUUUAGGUUUUAUAUUCUGCUUCAGUAAAUGCGUUCGCUGAAUUACUGCUAUCAGUGGUCGACGAAGAUGGGGAAUUCGGUGGUGUCGUUUUUCUUUGGGUAAUUAAACCCCUAUUGCGGAAGCUUCGGGGUCUAAUUCGGAAGUCUGCUUCUAUUGAUUAUCCUGGACCAAGUAUGAAAUAACCCUAUACGCUGCCUAAGGAACAGAGCUUGAGGACAGCUUUCUGCCAACCAGUUCCGACCUAAUUUGCAAACAAGGCUUCGGGGAAAGAUUCCAGUAGUCAUUGCCUGUAUCAAGCCUGUGUUUAGGUGGAUCAGUAAACAUUGACUGCGGUUUAUCUGCUCAAAAUGCAGGCUAGGUUUCUCAACUAAUUAGUGCACCGAACCCGAUGACGACUGACGUACCGUCGUGAGUUUUGAUCAGCACAAUUCUUCUUUAUGACAUUGGACGUUAUACGUUCUUCGUUCUUGCUGUUUUUCAACGGAACUGCCCUUUAUGGCUUUGCCUGUCGAAUU